CCCGCCCGGCGCUUCCCCCGUGGCCGCGGGGCGGGAGGCGGCCAUGUCGCUAUUGUCUGUGUUGGUGCCCUUGCUCCGGGUGUACCGCAUCGGCCUCCUCGUCGCCCUGCACCAGCUGCGCCGCCGCCUCCGCCCGCGCUGCCGCCCGGCCCCAGGUACUCAUUAAUGAGUGAAGGAUCAAAAGGUGGGACGGUGGCCAAGAAGCAAUGGAGAAUAAAAGUUUAGAAGGUUCCCCAUCAGACCUAAAGUUAGUGGCUCACCCGAGAGCAAAGAGUAAAGUGUGGAAGUACUUUGGGUUUGAUACCAACGCAGAAGGAUGCAUAUUACAGUGGAAGAAGAUCUACUGCCGUAUUUGCAUGGCACAGAUUGCCUAUUCAGGAAACACGUCCAACCUUUCCUACCACCUUGAGAAAAAUCACCCCGACGAGUUCUGUGAAUUUGUGAAAAGUAACACUGAGCAAAUGAGGGAAGCUUUUGCUACUGCAUUUUCAAAAAUCAAACCAGAAUCAUCGCAGCAGGUUGUUCAAGAUAGCCUCAUCAUGAAGACCUACCAGAACUAUGAAAACAAAAAGCAUCAGGAACUCACAUCUGCAGUCAUCAGCUUAAUUUGCGAGGGCAUGUAUCCAGCCUCUAUUGUUGAUGAACCCACCUUCAAGGCCCUCUUGAGAACAGUGGACCCCAGAUAUGAACUUCCGAGCCGGAAGUACUUCUGUACAAAAGCUAUUCCUGAAAAGUACAGUGCCAUUAGAGAAAUUGUGCUGAAAGAGCUUACCGAGGUUCUGUGGUGUGGCAUAUCCACGGACAUGUGGAGGAGUGAAAACCAGAACAGGUCAUACGUAACCGUUGCAGUUCACUUUCUCAGCAGUAGUUCUGCCAACUGCCUAGCGGUGAACUCACGGUGUUUAAAAACGUUUGAAGUACCAGAGGAUAAUACUGCAGAGACUAUUACACGAGUCCUUUAUGAAACAUUCAUUGAGUGGGGGAUCAAUUCAAAAGUCUUUGGUGCUACAACAGAUUACAGUAAAGACAUUGUGAAAGCUUGCUCUCUCCUCGAUAUUCCUGUACAGAUGCCUUGUUUGGGGCACACUUUUAACGCAGGAAUACAACAAGCUUUUCAGCUCCCCAAACUCUGCAGCCUUCUUGCCAGGUGCCGAAAACUGGUGGAGUAUUUUCAGCAGUCUACAGUUGCGAUGUACAUGCUGAGUGAGAAGCAGAAACAGCAGAAUAUUCUCCACUGCAUGCUGGUAAGUGACCGUGUUUCCUGGUGGGGAAGCACGCUCGCUAUGCUGCAGCGCCUCAAGGAGCAGCAGUUUGUCAUCGCGGCUGUUCUCGUGGAGGACAGCAACAACCAUCACCUCAUGCUGGAAGCCAGCGAGUGGAAUACAAUCGAAGGGCUGGUAGAGCUGCUGCAGCCGUUCAAGCAGGUUGCAGAGAUGAUGUCUGCUUCAAAAUACCCGACAAUAAGUAUGGUGAAGCCACUUCUCCACAUGCUUCUGAAUACUACCCUGAACAUCAAAGAGAAUGAUUUGAAAGAAAUCAGCAUGGCAAAGGAGGUGAUCGCUAAAGAGUUGUCAACCACCUACCAGCACACUCCUGAGAUAGACAUGUUUCUCAAUGUUGCAACUUUCUUGGAUCCCCGCUACAAAAAACUGCCUUUUCUUUCAGCCUUUGAGCGGCAGCAGGUUGAAAACAGAGUGGUGGAAGAAGCAAAAAGCCUGUUGGAGAAAGUAAAGGAAAAUACCUUUCGGACUGAAGAGAAAUUCUUCGCUGUUUCAGAAGAGCCCCCUGUGAAAAAAAUCAUUAUCUCCUCUACUCCUCCUCCUACCAGUGUCAUCAACAACAUGCUUGCAGAAAUCUUUUGCCAGACAGGAGGAGUGGAAGACCAGGAGGAAUGGCAUGCUCAGAUCAUUGAGGAGCUGAGCAACUUCAAGUCACAAAAGGUCCUUGGUUUGAAUGAAGACCCGCUGAAGUGGUGGUCUGACAGACUAGCACUGUUUCCAGUUUUACCAAAGGUUCUUCAAAAAUACUGGUGCAUUCUGGCCACAAGGGUCUUCCCCGAACGCCUUUUUGGUUCUUCUGCUAAUGUUGUAAGUGCAAAGAGAAACCGGUUAGCCCCAGCUCAUGUGGAUGAGCAGAUCUUUUUGUAUGAAAACAGUCGGAAUGGGUCUGAGGCAGAACCGGAGGAUGAAGACGAAGGAGAAUGGGGUUUGGAACAGGAACAGAUUUUUAAUUUAAAUGACUCAGUAAAUGUAAACAACAAUUUCUUUAAUAUCCGAGACAGUGGAUUUGUUUAACAGGACUGUGGUACAUUUAGUAAGAAAAAAAAAAAAAAAAGGAAAAGGUAUUUGACUUAAGUUACCAAAAAUACUUCUGUUUUAUGCUAAGAAUGCUGUAAAUAUUGAACAGUUGUAGCAAACUUGAUUUAGCUUCCGUUGUCUUAUGUUUUUCCCACUGUCUUAAAACAUGAAUGACUUGUGAUUAAACAGCACUGAAAUGAAUGAGGAAAUAAAUUCUACAAAGACCGUGAUUUCUGACUGUGGCCCAGAUUUCGGAAAGCACUUAUGCAUGUGCUUCCUUUCCACUCACUUCAGUGGGAAACAAGCGCAUGCUUACGUGCUUUCUAUCAUAAAAUUAUUUUCCUGAAUUAGGACCCUGAGCAAAGGGAGUUUUUGAGGCUUAUGCCUCUAUUUGUAAAUCCUGUGUGUCUCAGGAUGUUAGCUUUAAAUUUUGGAUUUUAAAACAUUAUUUUUAAAAUCCAUAAAUCUGAGCAGUGAGUAUUUUUAGAGUUUAGCAAUGCUAUGGGAUGAAAAAAGAUCUUGAGCCUGAUUUUCUUUUUCACUACCUCAUGUCUUAGGCCUGGUCUAUGCUAGAGAAGUUCAGCUGAUAUACUUCUGUCAAUUAGGAGACUGGUGUAUUAUUAUUUUAACUGAUAACUGUGCUGGCAUAGGCUGUAGUGUAGAUGCACUUAUACCAGGAUAAGUUAUUUUCCUUUCCAGUGUGGUGUAAAUGGUAUAAACACUUCUGAACUGGUAUUGUUCUGUCCACAUUAGUCUGGUUUUACCAUUUAACUACAGGAGCUAAAUGGCAAACCUGUUGUUUUUAAUUAUUUUUUUUUUAAAUCUAGACAAACCCUGAUUGUAGUCUCUUGUGCUUUUACAAUGUGGUAACAAAAUGCACAGGGUCAGGGUUGCAUUGUGUUACCUUUUGCCGAUGUUACGGUUGAUGCCACGCAGUGCAAAGCAGGCAAGGCAUCAGGCCCCUCUGUGGUAGAGGGAGAGAGAAAGGAGGGAGGGAAGGAGGGUGUGGGAAGACAUGUAUGGGCCAUGGGUCUUAACAAUCUGCCUGUAUUAUAAAAUCCCUAAGCUCUUAAUUUAAAUGGAGACUUUGCCCAGGGUACCUAGAAAUUUUUUUUUGGUGAGAAAAGCAAAAUAAAAAGCUUUAAUAUUAUGUAAAUAUAUUUAAGAGAAGAGGGGGGCCUCUGUUUCCCCACAUGUAUUUAGUGAGUCUUUAAGAUUGUUUCUUAUUAUGUUAGCACUUAAAAAGUCUUUUUUUUUCCCCUUCUGCCUUUUUCUGGUUCAGUUUGUAGGGUGGACUUUGAUCCGGUCCAGUUUAAUGUUUCAGUACUGUUUCCUAUUAGUUGUUGUGUAUUGUAAUAGCUCCCUUUCGUGUCUCUACACCUAAGUGUUUUAAGCCCUUUUGAGACUUUGGCAAACAAGAAAGUAAACCAACCCAACUCCCCCCAACUCUUAUGAAAUACUGCAGGUCAUAAGAUUAGAGUUCAUACUUGGCACAGAGUGGGAUAGCAGCCAGCUUUUUUCCCCUGAGGUGCAGAGGAGGACUGUUGGCAUUGUCCAGUUAUAGUCCAGGUUUACUUGGGGUUUUAUUUUUGUUACUGGUGACUCACCUCUGACCCUGGGUUUAGUCUACAACUAUGUUGAGCACAACUUUUCUGGAGAGAGGUCUGUUGAAGACUGGUCGUUACUGUUCUGGAGGGAGAAAGUUGGGUUUUUUCAUUGUGGUGGUGCCCAUGUACAUUUGGUUGUAGAAAGGUCCUAGCCGGCAGCAACAUAAAAAAAAAGAGAA